AUCUGCUGAUAGAACAGAGCCUUGGGGUAAGCUGCACAUGCUCAGUUUGGUGUGUACUGCUAGAGAGUUUUUUUUUUUCUUGGGAGAGUGCAUUGAAUGCAGGGUCCGGGGGGACCGGAUAAAGUGAAUGCAGGGUCCAGGGAGAGCGGAUAUAGUGAAUGAAGGGUCCGGGGAGACCGGAUAUAGUGAAUGCAGGGUCCGGGGAGGCCAGAUAUAGUGAAUGCAGGGUCUGAGGAGACCGGAUAUAGUGAAUGCAGGGUCCAGGGGAGACCAGAUAUAGUGAAUGCAGGGUCCGGGGAGACCAGAUAUAGUGAAUGCAGGGUCCAGGGGAGACCA